AUGGAUAAAAAGUCAGAUAACUAUGAUAAAUCUUUAUAUUAUUUUAAUUUACUUUCAGUUGAUGAGAAAGAUUUUGAGACCAACUUUAUUAAGAGUCCCGAAGAAGUUAUUAUAAAUCUAAAUGAAAGUAUUAAAGGUUUUAAUGAAAAAUGGAAUAAAAAUGUUAAUGAAACAAUAAGUUAUAAUAUUAAAAAGAAUUUUAUAGACAAUUACAAAAAGCUUAACCCAGAACAGAAAAAUGAAUUCUAUUUUCUGAUUGACUUUAACAAACAAUUCAAAGACAACGAUUCUUUCAGGGAAAGAAUAAAAAUACCUAUCAAGGUCUCUUUAAAGGAGUAUUACCAUGGAACUACAAAAGAAUUUUUUGUGAAAAUGUCAGCCUUAAAAAUAAUUCAUGUUAAAAUUAUUAUUAAACCUGGAUGUCAAAAAAUAUUUCAUUUCUCCUUUUUUGAUGUUGUAUUAGAAGUAGAGCCAUUACCUUCUUGGUCGUAUGAUGGACUUAAUCUCAUUUAUAAACUCUCCCAAGAAGAAAUUAGAAAAAAAAGCUUCACUCAUUUAUCAGGAAAAGUGUUUUCUGUCCCACAUUUUGGAGAGGAGAAAGAACUGACUUUUAGUGAUCAAGGCCUUUCUUUAAAUGAUUAUACCGGUUCACUAACUUUAAUUUCUCCAUAG